CCUUGUGCCAUUUGAAAAGAACGAGAAGUAAUGGAUUUCAAAUCCGACCGGUUCUUGUUGAUAUGGUUAGGAUCGACAAAAUUGACUUCGAAUCUAGUAAAUGGUUCAAAGUGGUUCUUCAUAAGGAUAGAAAAUCUUCACGAUAUCUUAAACAUCUGCUCUGUUGUAGAUGUAACGCAAUUUAUUGCAGAUAUAUUAGGGAGGAAGAGAUUAAGGAUCGUCGAAACUUGUUAUCUAUCAAGCUAGGAGAGUUUGGUCUUACAGUUCCGGCUAAACACAAUCUAUGCGAUCGAUUUAUUUUAUACGGAGAUGGUAACCCUACGGAUAUUGCGCAAAAACUAGAUGUGCUUAUCACAUUCAUAUUAUU